AUGGUGAAGGAAACAAAGCUUUACGAGACACUUGGUGUCUCUCCCACAGCUACUGAGCAGGAGUUGAAGAAGGCUUACAAGAUUGGUGCCCUGAAGCACCAUCCUGACAAGAACGCCCACAACCCCGCUGCCGAAGAGAAAUUCAAGGAGAUCUCCAGUGCUUACGAGAUCCUUUCCGACCCCCAGAAGCGUCAGAUCUACGAUCAAUAUGGUGAAGCCGGUCUCGAGGGUGGUGCCGGUGGCGCUGGCGGCAUGGCUGCUGAAGAUCUGUUUGCCCAGUUCUUCGGCGGUGGUGGCUUUGGCGGAAUGGGUGGCAUGUUUGGUGGCAUGCAGAACCGUGGACCUCCCAAGGCUCGCACCAUCCACCACACCCACAAGGUUUCUCUCGAGGAUAUCUACCGUGGCAAGAUCUCCAAGCUUGCGCUGCAACGAUCCAUCAUCUGCCCCAAGUGCGACGGCCUUGGAGGAAAGGAUGGUGCUGUUCGCAAGUGCGCGGGCUGCAAUGGUGCUGGUAUGAAGACUAUGAUGCGCCAGAUGGGCCCCAUGAUUCAGCGCUUCCAGACUGUCUGCCCCGACUGCAAUGGUGAAGGUGAAAUUAUCAAGGAUAAGGAUCGCUGCAAGCAGUGCAACGGCAAGAAGACCACCGUUGACCGAAAGGUUCUCCACGUCCACGUCGACAGGGGUGUCAAGAGCGGCACCAAGGUCGAGUUCCGAGGCGAAGGUGACCAGGCUCCUGGUGUUCAGGCUGGUGAUGUUGUUUUCGAGAUUGAGCAGAAGCCUCACGCACGCUUCACCCGAAAGGAUGACGACCUCCUUUACCGAUGUGAAAUUGAGCUCGUUACUGCACUGGCAGGAGGUACCAUCUACGUUGAGCAUCUGGAUGAGCGAUGGCUUAGCAUUGAAAUCCUGCCUGGAGAGGCUAUUGCACCUGACUCUGUGAAGAUGGUUCGCGGUCAGGGUAUGCCCUCAUACAGACACCACGACUACGGCAACCUGUACAUCCGCUUCGAUGUCAAGUUCCCUGAAAAGAACUGGACCGACGACGCCUCUGCAUUCGAAUCCCUUCGAAAGCUCCUUCCUCCUCCCUCAACACAGGGCAACCCCCCUGCUGAGUCCAUGACAGAGCCUGCCGAUUUGGAAGAUUUGGAUAGCGGUGCUCAGAACAAGGUCUUCGGAGACCCCAACGGUAUGGGCGAUGAUGAGGACGAAGAUGGCCACCCUGGUGGUGAGCGCGUGCAGUGCGCUUCGCAGUAA